CAUUAUUGAGAACUUAUUAUGCUCUUUACACCGUGGAGAAAUGAGGAAACUGACUUGCUAGCAAAUAGUUCUUCCUACAAAGCACGUUUCUUACUUAUGAAAGAUGCCAUAAGUGAACAAAUGAAAGAAUAUGCUGUUUGUGGUAGUGGUAUGGAUAAACUCCAGGAACACUUGAAUGGU